CCCGGGCGUCAGUCGGGCCGCGGUGUCGGCGGCAGGAGCUGGUCUCGGCGCCGCCUCCGGCUCGGCUGGCUCGGGGGCCGCUCCAGGAGGAGGAGAAGGACGACGAGGCGCUGCUGGGCGAGCCGCAGGGCCCCGCGCGCGGGCGCAUGGCUUAGGGGGCGCCUCCUCCUGCCGCGCCCCCAGCAUGGGGAAACUUCACUCCAAGCCGGCCGCUGUGUGCAAGCGCAGGGAGAGCCCGGAAGGUGACAGCUUUGCAGUGAGCGCCGCCUGGGCUCGUAAAGGCAUCGAGGAGUGGAUCGGGAGGCAGCGCUGCCCUGGAGUCAGCUCCGGACCCGGACAGCUGCGGGCAGCUGGCACCGUUGGCAGAGGAACCCGGGAACUCUUGGGUGAAGUUUUCAGAGAAACACUCAGCGAGGAGGAAGAAGAAGACUUUCGGCUAGAAGUGGCUCUGCCGCCUGAGAAGACAGAAGGACUGGCCAGUGGCGAUGAGAAGAGGAUGGAGAAGGCAAGCGAGUCUUGCCCAGGCUCCAAGAAGCAGCUCAAAUUUGACGAGCUACAGUGUGACGUGUCCGUGGAGGAAGACAGCCGGCAGGAGUGGACCUUUACCCUGUAUGACUUUGACAACAACGGCAAGGUUACCCGAGAGGACAUCACCAGCCUGCUGCACACUAUCUACGAGGUAGUGGACUCCUCCGUCAACCACUCUCCGACAUCCAGCAAAACCCUACGGGUGAAGCUCACCGUGGCCCCUGAUGGGAGCCAGAGCAAGAAAAACAUCCUGCUCAACCAUCCCGACCUGCAGAGCAUGAGGCCCAGAGCAGACACCAAACCCACGGAGGAGUUGCGCAGCUGGGAGAAGAAGCAGCGAGCCCCCCUCAGGUUCCAGGGUGACAGCCGCCUGGAGCAGUCAGGCUGCUACCACCACUGUGUGGAUGAGAACAUCGAGAGGAGAAACCACUACUUAGACCUCGCUGGGAUAGAGAACUACACAUCCCAGUUUGGGCCUGGCUCCCCGUCGUUGGUGGCCCAGAAGUCGGAACUGCCCCCUCGCCCCUGCAACCCGACUCGGUCCCGCUCCCACGAGCCGGAAGCCAUGCAUGCCCCACACCGAAAGUCGCAAGGCGCAGAGCCCGGCUCCUUCCACCCCGACCCCGCGUUCGCCAAGGUCUCCUCGGAGGUCCAGCAGCACCUCCGGGGCACUCAGGAGGGGAGCAAGCACUUUGUGAGGUCUCCCAAGGCCCAUGGCAAGGGCGUGCCCCACAUGUCCAGGGGGGCGAGAGGCAAAGCCCCCGGGGGUGCCGCCGUGUCCCCCUCGGGCCACAUGGCAGCCAGCCCAGCCCUGCUCCCCACACUGGCGCCCCUCGGCCACAAGAAGCACAAGCACCGCGCCAAGGAGAGCUCACAGGGCUGCCGGGGGCUGCAGGCGCGCCUGGCCGUGGGCGCCGCCUUGCUGGGGCGGGACCACGUGAGGGAGCUUCCCGCCGUGGUGGUGUACGAGAGCCAGGCCGGCCAGGCGGUCCAGAGACACGAGCACCACCACCACCAUGAACACCACCACCAUUACCACCACUUCUACCAAACCUAGAGUCCCACCCUACCCAGAGAACCCCCCCCCCACUCCCAGGCCCAGCCAUAUGAAGGACACCCCCCCACUGCCUCACACCUCCCCUCUCUACCCAAGGCAUUAUUAUUCUAUUAAUUAUUGUUAUUAUGAUGAUUAUUGUUAUUAAUAAUUAUUGUUACUCCACUAAUAUUCAGCUAGCCUCCAUGUAGAAGAUAUAUGGAAACACAGAACUAAACUUUUAUUUAUAUGUUGUGGGAACUGCGUAACUUCACCCAAGAAAUGACUCUGGGUUGGGAAGUGGCCUGGAGCCAGCAGAGACUCCCUUCCUUGGGUUCCCUGCCCCGCCCCUCACCCCUCCGGGCUGUGAUCUUGUGAUCUUGGCUUCUCUGGGGAGCCCCUGCCCAGAACUCUGCCCAUUCCCACCCCCCUUCCUGGAGAAUCCCCUUUACCUGGCUCAGCUUCCAAAAACCCUCGAAAAUCUCCGAGAAGAUAAACAGCUGCUACCUCUUAGUAUUAUUCUGAUUUUAUUUCACCCUCCACUGAUGGUCAUAACGUGCUCCAAGGGAUUUCUGCAGACUGCAGAUGUUCAAUCUUCCUGGCUGUUGUGUUUUUUCUGUCCCAACUUAGAAACCUGACUCAGCUCUCCUUUCUAGAGUUAUCUUUCUACACCUUUUCCAGUGCAAUCACGUCCCUGCCCCAAACCAAGCCCAUCUUUUCUUCUGUGCCCAACAAGCAAAUGCACUUCUCCUCUCCCCUCCCCUCUCUUCUUUAGAAAGACACAUAUACACACAUAUUUAAAGGCAGCCCCUGAAACCAGCCUUCUGAUCUGGGAAACCUCUGGAGAGGGAACUAACCAUAUAAACAAGCAUGGUUUCCCAGCUCAGGCAAUUGUGUGGUGUUGGUUGCAACCGAAGAUGUGGAAACCUCAUGUUCUCCCAUCAGCAAAUAGACUCAUACCUAUGUGCUUCUUUAACAAAGCUUUCUGUAUCUAUAGCUAGAUGCCAUCUGUCUCUUUCUAUAUAUCUUUCUAUAAAUAUACGCUCUCAGGUA